AUGUUCGCAGUUGUGGACUUUGUGGACCUGGUUGUUGGUGUCGAUAGCGUUUCCUGGUCUUUGAUGAUCUUCGCCAAGCACGAAGCGAGACGCGGAUCGAGGACCCCAAGAUCUCCAAGCCAUGACAAGAGUACGUCACUCCGCGCCUUCCGAUCAACAUGGCUGAUACGCAUCGUCUUGCGCACAUUUUUGGCGAGGAUGAAUGCAGCAACCGAUCGCGUGGAUGAUGACGGCGUGAGAGCGCCGGGCGCCGCUCAGGAACCAGAAACUCCCGAUGAAACCACCAAUCCAGCGUCGGCUCCCAUUCCUUCUUACGAGGCCGCAAUAGGUCUCGCGCCACCGGCCAUUCCAGCGAUCGUACCACAAGUUGCACCUCUACCAGAAGAGUUACCAGACUAUACACCCAUCGACUCGAACCAGACCACAUUUAUGAUCUAUGGCACGUUUAUCCAUACCCCAAACGGACCAGCCUACCAUCUCUCGUCCCUCCUCGAUGCGCACAUUGCAAAACUACGAAUUCGCCGGUUACGAGCCGAAGACAUUGCCUUGAUAGAAGCUGGUCGAUCACGAAAUGUGCCCUUUGACAUUGCGUCAACAUUGUACGAAGCGCACGACCCACCGUUCCUCCAGAAUGAAUACUACAUACAAAGCAAAACCCACAGUGGUUGGCCGGAGGCGUGUUGCAAUUACAAUUUGGCUUCCGAAGCUGGCAUGUAA